CUAGGGUUUAAAUAGACCAUUCGCACCGCAUUACAAACUCUGUACUAUUCCUCGAUAAUUACUCGUUUUCUUUUACCCCUAAAAAUCCCCUUUCGCUCCCAUUUGCGUUUUUGCCCUAAAACUUCAACCAUGGCACGCCGUAGCUCCGGAGGAAGAUCUGCUCGUCCAGCUCCACGGGCUGCACCUCGCCCUGCUCCAGUUAACCAUGCUCCUCCUCCAGCUAAUGUUCAGAGUGGUGGUGGUGGUGGUAUGAUGGGUAUGAUUGGCCAAGGUAUGGCUCUUGGCGCUGGAAGUGAAUUGGCACACAGGGCUGUUUCUGCCGUUAUGGGUCCCCGCACUGUUCAACACGAAGUAGUUGGUAAUGAAGCUGCUGUUGCCGCCCCAGCACCAACUGCGAACUCUUUUGGUGGUGAUGCAUGCAAUGAUAAGUCAAAGGCAUUCCAGGAUUGUAUCAACUACUACGGAAGUGACAUCAGCAAGUGCCAGUUUUACAUGGAUAUGCUAGCAGAAUGCAAAAAGAACUCUGGAGCCUCAUUGAGCAUGUAAACUACCCAUGACAUGUUUUGGUUUGGAGUAUGCGUCUGUGUACUAAGAUGGUUACAACUGGUGAAAGAUAUAAUUUCAAUAAAUUCUAUUUGUCUGGUGACAAACUGAAGUGAAAGUUGCAUCAAUCUAUUGUUCUAUUUGUUAUUGAUAUUUGAAAUUUGUUUGUCCU